AUGUCGCACUUUCGCGGCUCUUUCUCGCGAACUCCACCAAGGAGUGGGGCGAUUUCUAUGCCGCGUGACUUGUCACAGACCCCUGCCAUCUCUCGACUUGGAAGCACUGUGAAGACGCCACACAUCCAAAAGUGUGUCGUUGACCAAACAGAGGACGAUGAUCACCCACUAGAGCACAUGACGGUCUACUUCGAGGAGGAGGACCUUAGACUAGUUACCACUGGGCUUCUCGGAAAGGGUGGUUUUGGAAAGGUGUUCGAUGCCGUUUCCAACAGCGGUGAUGCUUACGCGCUCAAGGUGUCAUCAAAGCGCAUGAGCGAAAAUGACUGGAAGCGACUAAAGGAGGAAGUGACGCUCAUGAGUCAUUUCUCGCGCCACCCCAACAUUGUCAAAUUUUACGCUGCUGGUAAGGAUGAAGAUCGCGCCUACGUGGUAAUGGAGCGCUGCGCAGGCAAGUCACUCCACGAUAUCAUAGCCAGCAGGAGUCUUGAUGUGCCGGAGAUUUUGUGGAUUGGGUGGGCCCUGAUCAGCACCAUCUCCUACAUUCAUUCCAAAGGCUGCAUUCACCGCGACCUGAAGCCACAGAAUCUUUUGUUUGACACUGAGGGUAAUUUAAAGAUUACAGAUUUUGGUCUUUCCAGCCGCAUAUCAGAGGCGCAUCCCCGCAAGACGGUUGCGGGGACGGCAAUGUACAUGGCGCCUGAAAUGGCAGUUGAGGUUUACAAGCGAAUGACCCAGAACUCGGACGCCCCGUCACUGAGCUACGGCAAGGAGGUGGACACGUGGAGUAUCGGUGUGGUCCUCUAUGUGCUCUUGACACGCAUGAAUCCAUAUCUCGAGGCGAUGGAGCAAAAAGGUAUGCACCAGCUGAACAAGGGACACAAGUCACUUGCCCUCUUUAAUGCUGUAGCGGGCGCUGCGUGGAGUUGGCCAAGAGAGUGGAAAGGUGAUCCACAGCUCUGCAGGCUUGUGGAACGCGUGUUGCACCGCGAGGCAUCGAGGCGCGCCACGCUAAUGGAGGUGCUCGAGGACUCUGUGUGGAACCGCCGGCCCCUCUCCUGUCCACUUUCUCUGCUACAGAAGCUCAACUUGCUGGAGCCUUCGCCGUCAGGUGCACUGCCUCUGAACAACCUUGCCGAGAAUCUACAAUUCCGCCCGAAGCGCACGACAGAGGCGGUGCUACGCGAAGGACUAGAGCGUGUCGAAGCCACUGAGCAACGCGGUCGUGCUCAGGUGGAGCUUGAGUACUAUGAAACCUACAAUGUCCUCUGGAGUCUUCUUACUCUGGCGCGGGCGGAAGUGGACACCAGGGCUGACAUCCUCCAGUCUGAGGUGGUGCAGCGAGGGAAGCUGCGCAAUCAGUUUCUGACUCGCCAGUCUACUCGUGACAGGGGUGGCAGCGUCUCGUUGGUGUCAGAGGUUGCCGAUUGCGAGACAACCACCCCUCGUGCAUCUCGAUCAGUGCGUCGCAGCGUCAGCUUGACCGAGGAGGAGCGGGGCAGAAUCGUGCGUUCUAGCCCGGUCCAGUACGCAGUGGUGUACCCCGGACGCGACACCGCCACUCGUUGGAACCUCCGUGCCGUAGUCUCGCUUCCACGCGACAUGACGGACGAAAUCGAGCGCGAGUUCAAGUGUAUGAACGGGCAUCUGAUGACAAAGUUGACGUCGAUGCCGCACGGCUACAAUGGUUUCGACUGCAAUGUGUGCGAUCGUGGCAUUCUCAAGAUCACCGGCGAGUCGCCAGCCUUCCGAUGCUACAAGUGUGACUACGAUGUGUGCAUGAAGUGCGCAUACUCCGGCAAGUUUAAAGACGUCAGCUUUGUCUGCGUGACAUGCGCGAAGCGCUUCACUUCGACCGCAAAGCUGCAGGGGCAUUCCUUGCGCUGUCGCGGACCGAGCGAAAGUCCCUCACCGCGACGAUCGUCGCGCAUGAACACCAUGCUCUGGGACGAGCCGAAGAGACCGAGCUUACUGGAGGUGCAGCUGCCUGAAGCCUCCCAGAGCGAGUCGAAGCUACACGCCAGCCGCUGCCGCUCGGGACGCCGCACGUACAACCGCACAUCCACCGGUGGCCGCAUCAGCAUUGGGGACCCGAAUGUGCACAGUGUGGUGGACUUUGACGCAAUGGUGGCCGAGCACCGCGAGGCGGACUUUCCCGAUGUGAGUGCAUGCGCGUCCGCCACUGGCCGCGAACUCUCGCAGCAACGAAAGCUCGCGGGUAAUCGGCGCGGCCGGCCAUCCACCAUGUCCAGCGGCAGCCUUUCGCUAGACUUGCCGCCGCAAGUGCAGGUACCAAGCAAGGGGUCGCGCGCACCAGUGCAGCCACGCAGCUCCGCCGAGCUGCGCGAUAUCAUGGAGGAGGUGGAACAACAGAAGCAGGCAAUGCGCCGUGACCCCCUCUUGUACGGACCGGCUACGCCGCCGCAGUACAAUAGCAACGGCGAGAUUAUCGGCAUCGCGGCUCGUCGCCGCGCAGAGAGCGUGGAGAUGACACGGGCAGAGGUAAUCACGAUUCGUGCAGAGGUCGCGAAUCGGCCGCACGAGCUGCAGCGUCAACCGCGCGUACCACGCAGCGCCUCCUCAUCACGUCUAGAGAAUGCGCCUCAGAGCCUCCACAAGCGGCGUCGCGAGGAGUGGCAGCAGCCCGUGCAUGCACCAUCGCCAUCCGGUGCGGUGAACCGAGUCGCCGUGGAGGAGCACGUGGCGAAGCAUGCUGUCCUGCCGCCUCAGGUGCCGCGCGGGAAAGGACAACAACCACGCGCCCCCUCCGUUAGUGGGCAUACCGCCCAGGGUGGCCCGCCACUACCGCGCCGCGGCCCAGCCGCGCCGUCUCCAGCAGCAACUUUGAAGACCCACCUCAGCGCCUUCCAGAUCCCCGCUGCCAUUCCUCCUAAGAACUUUACCUCCAUCCGGCAGUCGAGCUACUCCAUGGCGAACACGAUGGCAGCCACGUACAGCGCUUCCGCAACCGAGCCGGCAGACCGAGCAGGAGCUGCGAACGCUGCUCUUGGCUACGGGGCUGCUUCGACACGCAGCCAUGCGCUAAGCCGACCCAACGGUGCCUUUUUGGCGUUGCCGCGCGAGGAGCACAGUCGCCGGCAAUUCUUGGACGACUUUCUUAGUGGUGGCUGGGUGCGUUUCUACUCCUUCACAAACGAGGACACUGUCGUCAUGUACUACUCACUGCAACCUGGUCGCUACGGGGCCAUGUUCCCCACCGAGGCGGGCGUCGGCACUGCUGUGUUAGAUGUGUACGCGAAACUGGUCCUCUACGUACCGUGCAUGAACAAUGAGAGCACGAACCGCAGUCAACCCCACCCACACGUGCAAACGUUCUACGACGAGGAGGCGCGUAUUCUUAGCCUGACUGAGGCGCAACGGUACCUAGGCGGUGUGCUACGCUGCAUCACAGGAUUUGUAGAUGAGUUUAGUCGCUUGAAAUCCGAGGGUCUUACUCCAGCGGCGGUGCAUGCUGCCUAUAUUCAUCACCGUAGCAUGUCCCAUGUGCCGCGGGACACGAAGUUUGUGUACAUUCGCAAAGUGUUCCCCGACCCCUCUGGGUCUUUCACACUAUUCCGCCUGUCAAACCUGCGCUCGCAAGUCGUUUGUAACGCCAUGGUAGAUAUUCGAUGGCAGAGUGAUCGGCGCCACAACGUUGGGCAAAAAUAUUACAUCAACGCGGACGGUACCGCUGAGCCUUUUCUCGUCGAUCAAACCGGCAUUUUGUCGCAGCUGGAGACGGUCCUCAAUAACAGCUUCAGGAGGUGA